GUAUAACCGACUUCCUUAUCAGAUUGGACCCUUUCUCUCUCUCGCUCGACUGGGUUUAGGGUUUCUUUGCAAGAGUUUGAUUGAUUUCGAUCGAAUUCAUCAAAGAUAAGAUGUCUCAAAAUGGGAAAUUGAUGCCCAAUCUGGAUCAAAACAGUACAAAAAUCCUUAACCUUACUGUUCUUCAGAGAAUGGAUCCUUACAUUGAGGAGAUCUUGAUCACCGCCGCUCAUGUUACCUUCUACGAAUUCAACGUUGACCUCAAUCAAUGGAGUCGCAAGGACGUUGAAGGGUCUCUCUUUGUCGUUAAGAGGAACACCCAGCCAAGGUUUCAGUUUAUUGUAAUGAAUCGGCGAAAUACAGAAAAUCUUGUUGAAGAUCUUUUAGGGGAUUUUGAGUAUGAACUUCAAGUUCCAUAUCUACUGUAUCGAAAUGCUGCUCAAGAGGUCAAUGGUAUUUGGUUCUAUAAUCCACGUGAGUGUGAAGAUGUUGCAAAUCUGUUCACUAGGAUACUCGGUGCAUAUUCAAAAGUCCCUCCCAAGCCAAAAGUGAACAAAAGUGAGUUUGAAGAACUUGAAGCUGUACCUACUUCUGCUGUAAUUGAGGGGCCACUGGAACCACCAUUUACUACUUCGAGUUCUACAGAUGUCCCUGAGGAUUCUUCAUUUGCAAACUUCUUUGGUAAUGCUAUGAAUUUGGGACAUCAUGCUUCCAAUUCGGUUAAUUCCAUGCAGUCUUACCAUAGCUUGACAGCAGUUCCUUUACACUCUCGUGUUGCAUCUUCUCCUGCGCUUAAUGGAACAGCACUGCAAAUCCCGUCACUUUCUUCAUCCACACCUGGAAUGCCGAUCCAUGACAAUCCAGACACAGUCAACAGCAGUAACCAUGUCCAUGUCACCAACCUCAUUAAACCGCUUUCUUUUUUUACACCCUCCUCAUCUUCAUCUCCAUUGAUGCCACAACCCGUUCCUAAAUCUAUGCCAGUUGCUCCGCUUCAGCCUCCACUGAACACACAACGCAACCAUGGUAUUCCGUUACUCCAACCAUUUCCUCCACCUGCACCACCCCCAUCCCUUACCCCUGGUUCCGGGUCCGCUCCAAAUUAUGGAUCGUUAAGCAGGGAAAAGGUUCGGGAUGCGCUUCUAAUCCUUGCCCAGGAUAAUCAAUUCAUCGACAUGUUUCACCAAGCCUUAUUGAAAGUACAGCAACAAUGAAGCGAUUGUAAGGUCACUUUUGCAUAUACGUCUUGUUGCUAUCGACUACUCGAUAUGGAUCUUGAUUGAUUAUUAGAUAGAAAUAGGAAAUUGUUAUAAUCAAACUUUGCUUCCAUACUCUAAACUCAUAUUCUGUGUGUAGAGUUUAUGUAUUAUUUAGUUUGCUUUGUUUUUUGGUAGUCUUGUGAAUGAUAUAUAUUUCAUUGUAGUUUUCUUUUAAAUAGGUUUGAAAAGAGACAUGUUGUUUCUGUACAAAUUCCAUUUGUUGGAAUGGGGUUUACAACAUUUUCUA